UGCUAACGCAUUGGAAAAACGGCAUGAAUAGUUCGAAACUGAAAGGCCAAAUGAAGAAAGACUCGACCAGCAAAAAUAAGAUUAGAUACAAACAUGCAGGAAGUUCACAAAACACUGCUGGAUUACCAAGUGAAGAGAAUUUCUGCAACAGGAAUCCAAUGGGAGAUCGAAGAUCAUCGGCCACAGAACACGAGAAGUUGAAACGGAAAUUAUCAGUGAAAUCCCAUACGAAAAAUACAAGGGCCAGUGGUGUUUACCCAGAGCGUUUUGUGUUGGAGAAGCAGUACACCUUUGCCGGCUACAAUCUGAAGAUCACUCAGACCUCAGACAUAGAUUUCCACACAUCUGCAGUCGUGUGGGAUGCUGAUGUUCUUCUUUGCGAGUACUUUGAGAAGAUGGAUAUAAGUUUCUUUGGGAAGAAGGUGAUUGAACUGUGUUCAGGCACUGGAAUUGUGGGAAUACUGGCAGUUCUGUUUGGUGGAGAAGUGACCAUGACAGACCGACCUAGCGUUUUGAAGCAAAUGCAGCACAAUGUUUCUGUGAACAUCCCCACCUACUUGGCACAUCGUGCGACCAUCACUGCCUUUAAGUGGGACACUGAGGAAAGUAUGUUCCCUUCAGACUUUGACUUUAUCCUGGGUUCAGAUAUUGUGUAUAACCGAGUUAACUUCCCCACACUAUUAAAGACACUUAUAAGUCUCAGUAAUGAAUCAACUAUAAUAUACAUGACUUCUGAAAUGAGGAGUGAGCUUGGGAUUUAUGAGUUUUAUAGUGAAAUGCUGCCUCAGUAUUUUGACUGCAACAUUGUUCAAAGAUGCGUGGAUACAAAUAUUAAUGUGUACAAAAUAACUAGAAAAAUGCAUUUGAGUUUUUGAUGUAGAGAUGUCUGCAUGUUAUUAAUGCACCUCUUAGGAUAUUGCGAGUCGGGAUGGAGACUCACUCUCUGCAGACCUUUUAAAACUCAUUUCAAAUAAGAAUUUUACAUUGUCUUUUUUCCCAAUUAUUGCUGCUUCCUUCCCAUUUCCCUCACUAGCUGCCACGCUUGCCUCAGAGAUUCAAGCCCUCUGUCAGGACUUGGGAAUGAUUCCCCAGUGCAAAGCUGGGGGAGUGCUGCAUUAUUGGAGAUGUGGUCUUUCAGAUGAGAUAUUAAACAAGUUUGGCUUUAACCAGAUGUUAAUAAUCCCACAACAGUAUUG